AAACUGCCUUAAAUCUUGCCUACAUCCUGGUCCCCAGCAUCCCCCUGUUCCUCCUCCUUGUGGUCACCACAGUUGUGUGUUGGGUUUGGAUCUGUAGAAGGAGAAAACGGGAGCAGCCAGACUGUAGCACAAAAGAGCAGCACGCCAUCUGGCCCUCUCCUCACCAAGAAAACAGCCCAGAUCUGGAGGUUUACAGCGUCAUAAGGAAACAAAGCGAAGCUGACUUAGCCGAGCCCCGGCCAGACCUGAAAAAUAUUUCAUUCCGUGUGUGUUCGGGAGAAGCCACUCCAGACGACAUGUCUUGUGACUAUGACAACAUAGCUGUGAACCCUUCAGAAAGUGGGUUUGUGACUCUGGUGAGCAUGGAGAGUGGAUUUGUGACCAAUGACAUUUAUGAAUUCUCCCCGGACAGAGUGGGGAGGAGCAAGGAAUCCGGAUGGGUGGAGAAUGAAAUUUAUGGUUAUUAG